AUGUCAAACCAACUGAAAUUGUACCUCUUCGGAGACCAGACAUUCGACAUCCAACCCCAUCUGAAGGACUUGCUUCGGCACAGGGACAACCCCAUACUCGAGGACUUUCUGGUAAAAGCAUACAAUGCAGUUCGCACGGAGAUCUUUACUCUUGCAUCUUACAUUCGGGAUGAUCUUCCAAGAUUUACCUGUCUUGAAGAUCUGGUUUUGUGGGACCCAUCCGGAAAGAGAUGUAUACCGCUUGAUAUGGCGAUUGUUUGUCUUUAUCAACUAGGAUCUUUUAUCAGCCAAGCGGAUACUUUUUAUUCACACGCGGACUCGCGGGUUCUGGGUUUGUGUACAGGUGCCCUGGCUGCAGCGGCUGUCAGUUGUAGUCGAAACGUACUCGAUCUCGUUCCCAUGGCUGUUGAUGCAGUCACCAUUUCCUUUAGAACUGGAAUGCUGGUUACAGACGCUGCAAAGCGAAUUGCUCCCGCCGACUCCGACCAGAGCUGGUCAAUCAUCGUUCCUGGCUCAUUGUCUGCUGAAGCGGUUCACAGGUUCUGUCAACAGACUAUCCUUCCGGUCACUAACAGACCCUAUAUCAGUGCCUAUGCACCGAACGGCAUCACCGUCAGUGGGCCUCCGAAAUCCCUCGAGCAGCUCCUCGACAUCGAACAUCUCCGAUGCAAGAGUAUCCCAAUCUACGGCCCAUACCAUGCCUCUCACCUAUACUCUGCGUUUGAUGUUGGAGAUAUUACUCGCAAUUUGGCCUCUACCAGGGGUACUGGGCAGACCCCUCUCCUGUCGAGAACCGAAUCCACUGUUGGACUUCAGUUUGCGUCUCUCAUGGCAGAUGCAGUCGAGCAGGUUCUACUGCAGCCAAUUAAGUGGAAUGAUAUAUUGGAUAAUCUGCAGAGUUGUAUUCAAGGCAUGACUCCAGAUUCAUUUACAGUUGUCCCGAUUGGAACUACAGCAGAUCAGCUCAUUUACACCGUCCUCAAGCAGACGCCACUUGCAUCUCUGAUUGAUUCCAUUCACAAACAACCCACCCUUCCAAAGGAACUCUCAUCCGCUAGCCCCAAGAAGCCCAAAUUGGCCAUUGUUAGUAUGUCAGGGCGAUUCCCAGGUGCUAAAGAUAACGAGGCGUUCUGGGAUGUUCUAUACCAAGGCUUGGACAUGCACAAACCCGUUUCCGAUCUGCAUUGGAAUGCCAAAACGCAUGUCGAUCCAACUGGAUCCAGGAAAAACACCAGCGCAACUCCCUUUGGUUGUUGGUUAGACGAUCCGGCUGCCUUCGAUGCCCGUUUCUUCAACAUCUCCCCACGAGAGGCACCUCAGAUCGACCCCGCACAACGAAUCGCGCUGAUGACUGCGUAUGAAGCCAUUGAACAGGCCGGUAUCGUCCCCGACGCGACUCCCUCUACCAGACGUGAUCGCGUGGGUGUGUUUUAUGGCGUGACAAGCAACGACUGGAUGGAGACGAACAGCUCCCAAAACAUUGACACUUAUUUCAUCCCUGGAGGAAAUCGAGCCUUUAUCCCUGGGCGUAUUAACUACUACUUCAAGUUCAGCGGGCCCAGCUACGCAAUUGAUACGGCCUGCUCGUCUAGUCUGGCCGGUAUUCAUCUAGCGUGUAACUCACUCUGGAGAGGUGAUAUUGACACAGCCAUUGCCGGUGGUACAAAUGUUCUCACUAACCCGGAUUUCACUGCCGGGUUGGAUAGAGGUCACUUUCUCUCGCGGACUGGCAAUUGCAAAACGUUUGAUGAUGGUGCCGAUGGAUACUGUCGUGGAGAGGGUGUCGGGACUGUGGUUCUCAAACGUCUGGAUGAUGCGGUGGUUGAUCGUGAUCCUAUUCUCGGUGUCAUUCUGGGUGCGUAUACAAACCACUCGGCGGAGUCAGAGUCAAUUACUCGGCCGCAUGUUGGGGCGCAGCGUGCUAUCUUUGGCAAGAUUCUUAACCAGAGCGGAGUUGAUCCCUACACUGUUAGUUAUGUGGAGAUGCAUGGGACUGGAACUCAAGCUGGCGAUGCGGGUGAAAUGUCCAGUGUUCUGGAUACAUUCGCACCACCAUUGUCCCAGGUAAAGAAGAAACGAACGGCCGAUGAGAAUCUGUAUAUCGGAUCUGCCAAAGCGAACAUCGGUCAUGGAGAAGCUGCAUCUGGAGUAUCCAGUCUCAUCAAAGUGCUCCUGAUGAUGCAGAAGAACAUUAUCGUCCCACACUGUGGAAUCAAGACCAAGAUUAACCGCAAGUUUCCAACCGAUCUCGCGGACCGCAAUGUUCACAUCGCUCUCAAGCCAAUUGCCUGGAAUCGCAGCUCUGAUUCAUCCGAGUCUAGACGCGUGUUUGUGAACAACUUCAGUGCUGCCGGUGGAAACUCGGCUUUACUACUUGAAGACGCUCCACUUCCCCUGGAGUCCAGUGAAACCGACCCCCGAAGCGUUCAUCUUGUGGCUGUAUCAGCCAAAAAUGGCGUGUCUCUCCAAGGCAAUCUCCGAUCGUUACUCGAAUUCCUCAAGCAGAACCCAACAGCCCCCCUGGGGCAGCUUUCGUACACCACAACCGCCCGUCGUAUACAUCAUCCUCACCGUGUCAUGUUGACCGGUUCCACUAUGGACGAUAUCACUGCGCAAAUUGAAAAGGCACUUGUAGACAAUUCCGGAAUAACACGACCCAUAAACGCACCCAAGAUGGUCUUCGCAUUUACUGGCCAGGGCGCUCAAUAUCCCGGAAUGGGACAACAGCUGUUUGGAUCCUUCUCUGUCUUUCGCAGUGAAAUGUGUCGGUUGGAUCAGAUUGUUCGCAGCCUGGGUUAUCCUUCCAUGUUGCCUGUCAUUCAAUCGAACGAACAGGAUAUCAGUGCAUUUGCUCCGUUGGCUGUUCAGCUCGCCAAUGUCUGUAUGCAGAUUGCAUUGAGCAAAAUGUGGGCAUCAUGGAAUAUAUUUCCUACUGCUGUCGUAGGACACAGUCUGGGUGAAUACAGUGCUCUCAAUGUCGCUGGGGUUCUUUCCGAUGCAGAUACAUUGUACCUGGUAGGAAAGAGGGCGGAAUUGCUACAGGAAAAGUGUACUCGGGAUACUCAUUCAAUGCUUGUCAUCAAGGGGUCUGUUGAUGAUAUUGCCGUCGUUCUCAAAGACCACCAGUACGAGAUUGCCUGCAUCAACUCGCCAGUAGAGACAGUUCUGGCCGGUUCCAACGAGGAUGUUUCUAUCUUCGCAGGAUUACUUGCUGACUCCGGCAUGAAAUCAACUCUUCUUAAAGUCCCCUACGCAUUCCAUUCUUCACAGCUGGAGCCCAUGCUGUCUGACUUCAAAACAGUCGCUGGUGGAGUCACCUUCUCCAAACCCAAAUUCCCCAUAUUGUGUCCUUUGGAUGGAAGUGUCAUUGAUCCUACAAAUGCCGUCUUCGGUCCAGACUAUCUCGCCAGUCAUUCUCGUCAACCAGUCAACAUUCUCAACGCUCUUUUGACAGCGCGUAGCCAACAAAUCAUCACGGACACAACCUCCAUCCUCGAACUUGGCCCUCACCCGGCCAUCUCCGGUAUGGUGAGGCCUACUCUCGGGUCGCAGAUCACAUGUAUGGCCUCAUCACAUCGCGGCCGGCCAAUCUGGAAUGUUCUCAGCACUACAUUGAAAUCCCUCUAUACUAUGGGCGCCAAUAUCUCCUGGGCGGAAUAUCAGCGCGACUUUCAAGCAUCGCAUACUGUUCUCCCCCUGCCGUCGUAUAGCUGGGAUUUAAAGGAAUACUGGAUUCCGUAUGUGAAUGACUGGUCGCUGCGCAAAGGCGAUCCUCCCCUGGUCAUCUCCAACGCGUUGGGACUGGAGACUACUACAAUUCAUAAAGUUGUUGAGGAGACUAGCAAUUCUCAAUCAGCUCAUUUGAUUGUCCAGGCGGAUAUUUCUCGGGAGGACCUGAGCCCACUUGUGCAAGGGCACGAAGUGGAUGGAAUUCCACUCUGUACUCCAUCCGUUUAUGCAGAUAUGGCUCUUUCUCUGGGCACUUAUCUUAUUCGCCACUAUCAACCCACUCAGGAAGAUGAUUUCGUCGAUGUUUCGGACAUGUCUAUCUCCAAAGCAUUGAUUCUGAAGGCUGAUUCCACUCAACAGCUUCUGCAAGCUCAUGUCGAUGUGGAUUGGUCUUCCCGAUCUGCCGCUAUCAAGUUCAUGUCUUUUGAUAGCAAGGAGAGACCCCAAGAACACGCCCGAUGCGUGGUCCGAUUCACGGACAGAAGUCUUCAACAGGUCCUCCAGAACAACAUGUCAACAUUCAAGCAGAAAAUGCAAGCUCUUCGAGAUGGCAUUGCCGAGGGAAGAACAGCACGCUUCAACCGACCAAUGGUCUACCGCGCCAUUCGACCCCUGGCCAGGUUCCACGACGACUACCGCGCCAUUGACGAGAUCGUGCUCAACAGCAACACGCUGGAAGCAUCAAGUCGACUCAGUUUCGGCACAGUUAAGAGAGAUGGAAAUUUCCAUACCCAUCCGGCUGUCAUUGACUCCCUCACCCAGUCGUGCGGCUUUACCAUGAAUUGCAAUGAUUAUACGGAUUUGGAUAAGGAUGUAUUUAUGAAUCAUGGAUGGGGGUCGUUGCAAAUUUUCGAGCCUUUGGAUUUGGACAAGGUCUACAUGACUUAUACUCGGAUGGAAGAGGGUGAUGAUAAACUCUGGCAUGGAGAUGUGGUCAUCUGUGAUGGCGAUACUGUUGUCGCUUACUUUGGACAGAUUGCGAUCCAAGGUGUUCCACGACGAGUGUUAAAGUUCAUUCUUUCUAUCGAAAGUGGAAAAAAAUCCAACAAGCAACCCGCCUUGCCAGCUGCUGCACCUACAGUGACCAAGCCUCGAGGUCAACUUGCUUCCGCCGUGUCCAAAGCAUCGGAACCAUCCAAGCUAACAAAGGCAUUGGCCAUCAUAUCAGAGGAAAGUGGCCUCGCUGUAUCUGACUUGACCGACAAAACCGUAUUCGCUGAUGUGGGCAUCGACUCUCUCCUCGGGCUGACCAUCUCCGCCCGAUUCGGAGAGGAACUGGACACCGAACUCGACUUUAGCGCCCUGUUCUUUGAGUAUCCCACCGUCAGCGAUCUCAGAGUCUUCCUGCAGGGAUCUGAAGGCUCCACCCCGAGAGAUACCAGCGACACCGAGUCAGAUGCGUCAGGCGUUGCCACGCCAGCCACAGAGGAAUAUCCUCUUCCUGGUAUCAGUAAAGACGUCUUUGAGCGAGUCCUUCAGAUCAUUAGUGAGGAGAGUGGAGUCGCAGUAGAGGAUCUCACGGAUGAUAUGAAUUUCGCUGAUUCCGGGCUCGAUUCCCUAUUGUCUCUUGUUAUUGUUAGUCGGUUUAGAGACGAGCUUGAGAUGGAUAUUCAACACGAGUCGCUUUUUCUGGAUUGUCCAACCAUGGCUGACCUCAAGCUCUUGCUGCUUGGAGAGACGAAUGAUAAUUCUCCCCCUCCAGACCCAGAGCUCUCAGAGCCAGUGCCUAUUCCAGUUCAGGAGACUGCAUUAUUCGAGGCCAUGAAAGGAGAUCUGGCCGCACGAAAAGAAGCAGUCGAUGCUUAUCUUGAAAAAUAUAUGGCUUGCUUUUCUCUCCCCACUGCUUCCCCUUCAUUGCCUGCCCCAGACGACGCUGAAAAAGUCAUUCUUGUCACCGGAGCAUCCGGAAGCCUGGGAGGCCACUUGGUCUACCACAUGGCUCAACUCCCAGACAUCAAGACAAUCAUCUGUCUCAAUCGCGAGAACAGAGCGGAUCCAUUUGAGCGACAAAUCAAAGCAAUGAGAGGAAAAGGAAUUCGGUUCCCCGAACAUCUCAAACCAAAACUGCUAGUCUUACAGACAGAUAGCACGAAGCCGAUGUUCGGACUCUCCAGCAGCGAAUAUGACAGCCUUGUCAGCUCAGUCACGCAUCUCAUCCACAACGCAUGGCCCAUGAGUGCAAAGCGCGCUCUGGCCGGCUUCGAGUCGCAGUUCCAGGUGAUGCGCAAUCUCAUUGAUUUCGCUUCCCACGUUGUUGCCCGUCGUCCGAAUACGUUCCGCUUCAGUUUCCAGAUGGUCUCGUCCAUCGGUGUCGUUGGGCACUAUGGACUGGGUAAUGGGGAGAUCAAAACGCUCGUCCCAGAAGAUAGAGUUGGCAUCGACGCAGUCCUGUGUAACGGAUAUAGCGAGGCGAAAUGGGGAUGCGAGCGAAUGCUCGACGAGACUCUUCAUCAGCAUCCGCAUCGAUUCCGCACCAUGGUCGUCCGCCUGGGACAAAUUGCCGGGUCCAAGACUAGCGGAUACUGGAAUCCAAUGGAACAUUUCUGCUUUCUGAUUAAAUCAUCCCAGACUCUAAAUGCCCUACCAGAUGUCGACGGAACGGUCUACUGGACUCCCGUUAACGACAUGGCGGGCACUUUGUCCGAUCUCGUCCUAUCCAACAACGAUCCGUACCCCAUCUACCACAUCGAAAACCCGGUCGGUCAGCCCUGGAAGGAGAUGAAUGCCACACUGGCAGACGCUCUCAACAUCCCCAAUCUCAUCCCUUUCAAUGACUGGGUGGAGCGGGUACGCGCCGCACCGCAGCGAGACAAUCCAGCCUCGAUGCUGUUGGAUUUUUUGGAUAGCAAUUAUCUGCGCAUGUCAUGUGGUGGGCUAGUCUUAGAUGUAGGGCAUACUUUGCAGCAUUCGAAGACUCUUUCUGCUGUUGGGGCUGUUAGUGAGGAGGUUGCCAGAAAGUAUAUUCAUAUUUGGAGGGAGAUUGGGUUUAUUAAUUAGGUCUAGAUUGUUCGUAUUGUCUUACCGUUGUUCUUUAAAUUGUUAGCUGAGAAUUUUCUCAAGGUGUUUUGGAUUUACAUGUAUUUAUAGAGCUAAAUUGUGAAUAAAUUACUCAGAUGGCC